AUGAAAAAAGAACUUUCAGUAAAAAGCAAAACACUCGCAGGCACCCGAAACACCGCGAUCAAAUCUUUCCUCACCACAAAGCCAUCCUAUCUUACUCUCCAGCCAACGCACGUUCUCAUUCUUUCGAUAUGUUUUAUUGCAAAUAUAAUGCUGCUGCACAUCAUAGGCCGAUUUGGAUCUUCAAUUGCUCUGCAGACGGUAAUUAGCGCAGUGGCUCUAGUAGCAGCCCUGGUCAUAGGAUACAUGGUCCAGAAGUAA